UUUUCUAUUAAUGGCAGAGAAAUGAAAGUGAAAGCUAACAGAGUGGGACACAAGGAAGACGACGGGACCGAGCUGACAGAGGAGAGAUAUCAUAGCGGUCACACUGAAAGUACUAAGAUGGCGUCCAGCAAAGAGAUACCCUCUGAUGGAGGCGACCCAGUGAAGCUCAAGAUUACACUUCGCACUCAAUGCCCUAGCCAGAUGCAGGAAGAUUUUGUACAUGUUGGAAAUGAGAAAGUACAAGAAGAAUACUUAAUAAGGGAGAUCAAGAUGUACAAGGAGAAACAUGCAGCCCUAUUAGAAGAUAUCUCUAAACUGGAGCAGAAGAAGAACGAAGCAGAGGUUCUGGCUCAGAAGUUUCAUGAUAGAGCAGAAAAAGAGGAGAAAAAACUGAUGACGAAUGAACGGACCCUGUUUGAUCUGGACCAGAAAUUUCAGGAAAAAAUUAGAAGUCUGCGGGAGCAAAACCAGCAACUGAAGGCAGAGGAACAAAGCGUGAAGGACAAGGUUAUCUAUCUAGAAAAUGAAACCGAGAAUCUGGAGGCCAUUUGCUCUUCUGAAGUGGAAGGGAAAAUGGUUUUCAAGGGGAAAGUGAGCAACAACAUUUUUUCCAGAUGUGCGAUUAAUGUCAAACAUCAGAUUAGAUAUCCUGUUAAAGGAGGAACAGCACUUAUCGUCUUUGAAGAGCCGUCUGUUGCUGCAAGAUUAAUUCAGAAGAAGCAUCUAAAGGUAGAAUUUGAAGAAUUUGAAGACUUCUAUAUCAAAGUGCAGGCUGAGCCUGUAGAACUUAUGGUCCUGGAUGAUAUCAGUAUGGAUAUAAGCCGGAGCCCCGGGAAGAUCCUAGUGUCCAAUCUUCCAGCUUCCAAAUCUAAAGAAAAUCUUUUGGACAAGAUAGAGCUGUUUUUUACCAAGACCAAAAAUGGUGGCGGAGAAGUGGACGGCAGGGAGUUUCUCGAUGACUCCAGGAGUGUCAUUCUGACAUUUGCAAAUGAAGGAGUUGCUCCACAGUUGGUGGAAAAAAAGAAGUUUGAUGUGCCAUUUGGGGAAGAAGAAACUCACCAAGUCUUUGUAUCUCCAUCUUUAGAUGGCGACAUGACAAGAUAUGUGAUGAAGAAUUUGCUGUGUAACCGGACAGUAUUAAUAACAGGGAUUCCUGAUAUCAAGGAUGAAGAAACGCUGAGGGAUCUUUUGGAGCUCCACUUUCAAAAAACCAAGAAUGAUGGAGGAGAGGUGCUGGAACUAUUUUACUGCCCAGAAGGGAAGAACGCUGUAGCUUUGUUUGAAGAUGAUGAAGAUGACUUCUCACAAAUAGAGUGAUUUUCA